AUGGCAGACUGCAGAACCUUUUGGAAAGGGGUCAACAAGGAGGAUCCAAAGCUCCACAGAAACCCCAUCCUGAUGCAGCAGAAGGAAGUCUUCAUGGGGGUGAACAGCUUUACCUUUGCAUAUGACUUUAUGCAUUGUGCUGAUAUUGGGUUCUCUGCUUCUGCAGUGGCAAAUGUCUUCUAUGACAUUUGCUACAAGCACUUGGACAAACUGAAAAAGAAAGACAGGAUCCAGAAGCUGAACCAAUUGGUUACUGAAGCAUACAUUGCCCUCAAUACACCCCAUGAUGUGAGGGUGAAGCGAUUGACUUGGUCAUCCUUCACUAAUGCAGAUGCACCCCACCAGCACUACCCAGGCUUGCUCCACAGUGCCAUCAAAGCCAAGCAGGUGGCAAGGCUUGUUCCAGUGGCUGCAAAGCUCUGUAAAGAUUUCCAUUCUGAUACCAUUUAUUGCAAGCAUAGGCUGUAUUGCUUACAAAGCCUUGAGAAGCUGUACAACAUCACACAUAAUGCUGCCAUGUUCCUGACCAAGCAGGAAAUCAAAGAUUACCAGGCAGCCACCUCCAGGUUUCUCAGACAUUAUGAAUGCUUGAGCAAGAUCAGUGCUGCUUCAACUGAGAAGGUUGGCCAGUAUCAGUGGAGCCAAAUUCCAAAGAUGCACUACCAAGAGCACAUCUCAGAAGAUUGCUGCUUCUUGAACCCAGAAAGGGCGAGCCAAAGAGUGCUCCCUUUCAAGCUCCGGGCGCAUCCCAAGAGCUCCGGCAUUCGAAAGCAGGUGCGACGCCUCCGGCAAGCUGUGGAGGAAGCCCUGAAGGAGUACCUGGGCGAGGAAAGCGAACAUGUGGAGAUUGCCAUCGAAGCCUCUUGGGCAAACGUGAACCCUGCAUGUGGCUUGAACGGUCCCCACGUCCAUCCCUUUGCGGCGCUUUCGGGUGCAUACUACGUGGACUGCGGCAGCAACGCUACGUCCCCAACGCCCUGUUCCAUCAACUUGAUGGAUCCCAGGCCUUCAGCUCCUAUGGCAGCCCUACCUGCAGAGGUGCGAGACGCUUUGGACUUCGGCAUUGAUUGGACCCUGUCCUUGUGGCCGGGAACCGUGUUGAUUUUCCCUUCCUGGCUGGGACAUUGGGUGCCUCCGAAUGCUGCACCACUGCAGCGCAUCACUAUCAGCUUCAAUGCAGGUCUCAAAGAGAAGAUGGCAAGGUCUGGAGUGGAUGUGUUUGGACACAGGUGA